CCCUGGUCUAGAAGGAACGGUUGCGUCUGAACAGCAUUCUCGUCUAGAAAAAUACCAAAAAUGCCCAAUAAAUAUGUGAGGAAAACUGAUAGAGGCGUGUCCAGUGCCGAAAUAUAUGAACUAGCCUUUGAAGAGGUGACGUUUAGGGGACAAAGCCUCAGGAGUGCUGCAUCUGCUUACAAUAUAAACUAUAUGUCUUUACAGAGAUAUAUUAAAAAGAAAAAAGCAUACCAGGCCAACUUGACAGACAAGCCUCCAUCGGUCGGGUAUGUCAGUCAGACAGUUUUUUUGAAAGACGAAGAAAACGUACUAUGCGAAUAUUUGUUGACUUGUGCGGCAUCUAAUUACGGAUUAACAACAAAAGAGACAAGAAGAUUAGCCUAUAUGUUAGCAAAAAAGCAUGAUAAGAAAUUUCCGACAUCGUGGGAGGAAAAUAAAAUGGCAGGUGAAGUAUGGCUGAAGCUAUUUAUGGAGCGCCAUCCAAUUUUAUCCUUGAGAUUGCCUCAACCCACAAGUAUAGCUCGCGCUACGAGCUUCAAUAAAACUAACGUGGCGGCCUUUUUUAAGAAUUACACAGGUGUCCUGACCAAGUAA